AUGCAUACAGGUUCUUCUUAUGUGGCAACAGGUCCACGUCGAAUCUCUCCUCAACUUCUCACUUUUAUACGCAAUCGUUAUGGUUUUGAAGAGUUGAAUAUUUAUCGAUUGUGCCCGCAGUGUCAUUCUGUGGAAACGAAGAUGAUGAAGAAACAACAUGAAAUGGAUAAAGAUGAUAUGGAUGUUAGUGAUAAUGAAUUAAGUGGAAAUAGUUCGAUGGAUAAUGAAGGAGAAAAUGAUGAUAAUGAAGAAGUGGAUGAUGGAAGUGAUCAGAAUGAUGAUGAUGACGAACCAAGUGAAGAUGAGAUGCUUCUUGAAGCCACUUAUCGUGAAGAACAAGCGAUGGAGCAGCUAUCUGCUGUUUUUAACUUAUUAAAGAUAAAACAAGUCCAUGAUAAAUUAAAUACUCGUUCGAUUCGGUCUAAAAUUGAUGAAGUUUAUAUAUAUCUUCAUGGUUUAUGCGAUAUAAUUGAAGGAAAAUCUGUACAAGCAAAUAAUCCAAACCCACACGAGCUUCUUGUUCAAGAAUCCAAUGAUCUUCUGACGGGUUUGAAAAAUUUAUUCAAUGAAAGUGAUGCUUCAGAGCAAGUUCGUCUCUUAACCAUUGCGCCUAAGAAGUGGGGUCGCGAAAAAAUUCGUAAAUGCGAACAUCAAGCUCGUGAAUCACUUGUGCUUCGGGAGAACGAAGGUGUUCUUGCUUUUCCUCAGUAUUUCAAAGGCAACACACCAAUUUCUAAUGAUACAAUUACUAGUAUAAUAAACUUCUAUCGCGAAGAUGGUACUAGUCGUGUUUCAUCAAGCUCAAAAGAUACCAUUCAAAUUAAUCAAAAUACAGUACCCAUUCGUUAUAUGGAAAUGAGUAUCUUGGAUGCCUUUCGUAUAUUUGAUGAACGUUCUCCUGGUUUGGUCGGUCGUACAACAUUUUACUCAUCGCGCCCUCGAGAUAUCUUAUCAAUGAAAUGGUUUGUAAUGAUGAUAAAGAAGAUUGUUUUUAUUGGUGAAUGUCAGCAAUGUUCAACCAAAUCUCUUAUUAAUAUUCUUACAAGAAACAUCAACGUUGACCUUGAUGAAAAUUGUUCUUGGACUAUUUGGCAAAAAUUAAAUAAUAAAUUUGAUCUUCAACAAACGACGGGUUCUGUUGAAGCACUUUUAGCUCAAAUAGAAGAACAAUGGUUCCCAUUUAUUUUGCAUACCUUCUGUAAUCGAAGUCAACGUGAAUAUAUUGCUGAACUUCGUAGACAAUCAACAAAAACAACUUUUGUUGUUGCUCAAAUGGAUUUUUCUAUGAACUAUACUCUCGUUCGUCAACGAGAAGUACAACAAGGUUUCUUCUCCCAACAUCAAGCGUCUCUCUUUACAACACAUUUAACAAUUGGAAAAGAACACCGUGAUAUUGCAAUAAUCAGUGAUUCCAUGGAACAUAAUAUGCCAUUCGUUUACUGCGCUCAACGGAUCAUUACUGAUUAUGUAAAGAAAAAUUUUCCUUCCAUCAAAAAGAUUAUCUACGUCAGGUAA